ACAGCGCCGUCUGUAAACAUGAAGCAACCAGGAAGUGUCCCAGCAAUGUAAUCGUUGCUCCUGGCAAUGUCUCUUGUGAAACUACCGGACACCACCCUGGGGAAAGCGACCUGGCUCUUAAGCGUCCUAGUUGUUGUCAUUGCGGUGGUUUUGCGUUAUUUCGACGACCCUGAUCCGGUUAAAUACACCAGCAUGGCUGAGGACAUGAAGACCCUGGAGGAAAACUUCAGGCAGCAGAAUAAAAGCUGUUUCAUCCUGGGAGCCUCUGGGGAAACGGGCAGGCUGUUGCUUCGAGAGCUGCUGGAGCGCAACAUCUUCUCCAAGGUUACUCUCAUCGGAAGGAGACAGCUCACCUUCGAGGACAAAGCAUAUGAAAACCUGGUUCAAGAGGUGGUGGACUUUGAGAAGCUUGAUGAUUAUGCUGCUGCCUUCCAGGGCCAUGAUGUUGGCUACUGCUGCCUGGGUACAACCAGAGCUAAAGCAGGGGCUGACGGAUUCGUCCGUGUUGAUCAUGACUAUGUUCUAAAAUCAGCGGAGCUCGCCAAGUCAGGAGGCUGCACGCAGUUCCACCUGGAGUCCUCCAGAGGAGCCGACAAAAACAGCAACUUCCUCUACCUCAAAGUCAAAGGACAAGUGGAAGCAGAUAUUGAGGCGCUGGGUUUUGACAGAUAUGCCAUUUACAGACCAGGGGUUUUGUUGGUCGACAGGCAAGAGAGUCGGCCCAGCGAGUGGCUGGCCAGGAAAUUCUUCGGUGCCUUGUCAACAGUGUGUACAACGUCCAUGUCCAUCCCACUCCCAGUGCUGACAAAAGCGAUGGUGUCAAACACUCUGCUUCAACCUGAGCAGAAGACGGAGAUCCUGGAGAACAAAGCCAUCGCCAGUCUAGGGAUGAGUGCGGGGAAAUAAACGUAGAGAGAGACGACUACAUGCUGCAAAUACUAAUCAAGUCAUCAUCAUGUCAAAGGGUUUUCACAUAAAACACAGAGAACCCAGGGGUGUUACACAUAGUUGAAUGUGGUGGAUCUGUUAGACUCUUUCUGGAGAAAACAACAUAUGAAGCUAACAGAAUAUUUAAUCUUGAAAUUGUAUUUGGGUUUUUUUUUUUUGGUCUUGAAUGAUAUUGUAAUAUUUUCAUCAGCGAACUGUUGCCAGGCUUUUUGAUGUACACCAACCAAUGCACUGAACAACUGCCUUAAUGUUGUUUUAAAAGUUUAAUCUACACGAGAUUAAAAUAUCUUUUUCGCUUUAACAUGUUGUCAUUAAAUUAUUAUAAAUAUUUAA